GAAAUUCUAUUGCCCAUGACCGCUUAAUCAAUCAGCCAAUGACUAUCUGUGUACUAUCGGUUCCACUUCACCUCGGAACCACCUGGCGGUGCAAGUGACUUGCCACAAAUUGUUAACGAUUUGUUUUCCGACCGAUGGCGUCGGUGUUUCAGGUGAGCUUCUUUGUUUUGUUAGUUUGAUGGUUACUAGGUUUUUAGAUACAUGGACGUGGACGACAUCGUUGCUGUUUGACAACUUUUAGCUUGUGUUUGUGUUUUUGCUAAGAAAUUAUAGUAGAAAUGGCUACACAGAAAUUGUUGCAGACAUUCAAGAAAACACCCAUUACUGCAAGCACCACUUCAUUAUCUAAUUCAGAAUUGGCACAAAAGAUUGCUAAAACCCUAAUCAAAGCUGGCCUAAAACCCUUCGAAACAACCGACUCAUCUUUGCUUUCCAACCUGGAUUCUCACAUAACCAACCUUGUCUUCUCCAACCCAAAUGUCCCGCUUCAUUCUUGCUUGAAUUUCUUCAACUUUUUGCGAAAAAAUCAAUCCUUUGUUUCACAUAAACCUGAUCUUCAAUCCCAUCUAAGCGUUGUUUUUAGAUUGUUCAAGGCUAGAAGGUUUGCAGAAAUGAAAAGAGUUUUGACUUAUGUUGCUAUGGAUAGUAAUCUUAGAUGCCCGGUUGCAAAUCUUGUUUCUUUGGUUGAAGAGAGUGGAUUUAAUAAUGAACCCAACUUUGUGGAGAAGUUGUGUGAUAUGCUGUUUAGGGUUUAUGCCGAUUGUAAUUUGUUUGAAGAGGGUUUUCGGGUCUUUGAUUAUAUGGUGAGCUACGAGUUAAAGAUUGAUGAUAGGUCUUGUAUUGUGUUUUUGCUUGCAUUGAAGAGGUGUGAUAAAAUGGAGGCUUGUUUGGGUCUUUUUAAAAGAAUGGUUGAGUUUAAUGUGGAGGUUACAGUUUAUUCUUUGACGAUUGUGAUUGAUGGAUUGUGUAAGAGACGAAGGGUUAAAAGGGCUAAGGAUUUGAUGAUUGAAAUGGCUAGCAAAGGGAUUAAACCGAAUGUUUUUACAUAUAACACACUUAUAAAUGCAUAUAUUAAGAGAAUGGAUUUUGAGGGAGUUAAUGAGAUGUUGAGAUUGAUGGAAGUGGAUAAAGUUGCAUUUAAUGCGGCUACAUAUACUCUUUUGAUUGACUGGCAUGGUAGUUCUGGUAAGAUUGACAAAGUUGAGAGGAUUUUUCAAGAAAUUUGUGAGAAAGGGAUUAAAGCAGAUAUUCAUGUUUAUACUGUGGUCAUUAAUUGGAACUGUAAAAUUGGAAAUACAAAAAGGGCAUUUGCCUUGUUUGAUGAGUUGACUGAGAAAGGCCUUGUUGCCAAUGUUCACACAUAUGGAACAUUGAUUGAUGGUGUUUGCAAGGCUGGUGAAAUGGAGGCAGCUGAGAUAUUGGUGAAUGAGAUGCAAACCCGAGGGCUUGAUGUCAAUCAACUGAUAUAUAACACGCUUAUAGAUGGUUAUUGCAAAAGGGGGUUGAUAGAUGAAGCUUUUAAGGUGCAAGUCAUAAUGGAGAAGAAAGGAUUUAAGAAUGAUAUCUAUACUCUUAACACAAUUGCUGAUGGGUUACGUAAAUUGAACAAGCCUGAAGAAGCAAAGAGGUUGUUACUUACAAUGAUCGAAAAGGGUGUGGUUCCUAAUGUCGUCAGUUUUACCACUUUAAUUGACAUAUAUUGCAAGGAAGGGAAUUUUGUGGAAGCAAAGAAACUGUUUCAAGAAAUGAAGAAAGCAGGGGGAGAGCCUAAUGCUGUUACAUACAAUGUUCUAAUUGAUGGGUACAGCAAGAAAGGUAGGAUGAAGGAAGCUUAUGAGCUAAGAGAUGAAAUGAGAGCAAAAGGGAUAAUCCCAGACAUAUAUACUUACACAUCACUUUUGCAUGGAGAAUGCAUUUUCGGGAAGCUGGAUGAUGCAGUGGAACUCUUCAAUGAAGUGCGCCAAAAGGGCUUACCUCUCAAUGUAGUCACUUAUACAGCAAUAAUUUCAGGCUUGUCCAAGGAAGGAAGAUCUGAAGAAGCAUUCAAGUUGUAUGAUGAGAUGACAGAGGCAGGUCUUACACCUGAUGAUAGAGUCUAUACUUCACUUGUCAGCAGCCUUCACAAAGCGUAGUUUAUCUUUCACAAUUUUUUCUGUGAAGCAUGAUAUGUUCUUGAAGGAAGGGACCCAGAAAUUCUAUGAAGCUGUCUUGGGAUUUGUGCUCAACUGCUCAUCAAAAGGCCAUUGUCUGAUGUUUGAAGGAGAUUGGUUUCAGUGCUUUUUGAUGCCUGCACCAACCCUUACCAUGCCUUGUUAUUCAAGACUUCAAAGGCGCUACUUAGUAUUGGUGCCUACAUCUCUUUUUGCAAGAUAGUAAAAAUGUAGUACACUGUUGUUUUUAGUCCAUGAAAGGAAAACAAACGAGAAGUUCAAUCCUAGACUCAAGUAGACAUGCUUGCAAAAAUUCAAAGUUAGUGGGUUUUUUUCCCCCCUCUCUCGAUGUCAUGCGCUCACACUUGUUUGGAGAUCGUUGUUAUUAUCUGGAUUGUAUUAUCUCUACAAAUUGAUGGUAUAACUGAAAUUCAAAUGAUUGCAUUCCAGGCUGUUCAACUAUGGUAUCGGUAUUUGGCUUCUGUUUACUUGAAUCAGACCGGCUAAUUGUAAUGAAUCUUUCAGACAUGUACAUUUCCUAGGAACUUAGAGGAGAGGACAAGAUGAAGCAUGUGACAGCAAUUAUGGGAAGGUGGCUUGACAAACUUGCAGUUGAUCAGCUCAUCUUUCAUGUUGCAAAGUUCAAUUUCCAAAAUCUCCUGCUACUUUCACCCGUACUCUUCAUGCCUUCUCUAGCUACCCAAAGCCUAUAGAAUCUUUACACCCCUGUGUUGCGUGUUGCUUUGUCCAGUAGCCCUCUCUGACGUA